AACGCGCUCAGCGUGAACGGAUACCAAAUUUUAAAAACGAGCUUUUUUGUUUAAUCUAAAUUGUAUCGUUGUUUAUAAAUUUGUUUAUAGUGAGAAGUGUAUUGUUUGUGAUAACAACGACAUUGUUGGAUUUGAAAUAAUUAAGAAGCUUUCCAAGUUUGAAAGAAGUUUAGAACUUGAUAGAACGACGCUGCAACAUCCAGCAGUAGCGGUAGAAGGCACCAGAGGAGGAUAAGUCACAGCGGCAGAGGUUAAAAGACAAUAGAAGAUAGCAGAAGGAGUCAGCAGCCGGCGGGACGCCGCUCAGCCAGAGGGAGGCAUGCGGGCGCGGUAGCCGCAGCAUGGCGGUCGCGCUCGGUCUGGCGCUGCUGCUGGCGGCGCGCGGCGCGACCCAAGCGAUCCAGGACAGCCGCUGCUACCUGAUGAACGGGGGCGCCGUGGAGAGCUUCUUCAUCAGCGAGGACACCCCCGUCGGCACUGUCAUUGGUACUCUGAGCGUGAACGGCGACCCUGGCGAGGAGGGCAACAUCCUGCUCAGCCUGCAAGAGAAGAACGCCGCAGUGGGCAUCGCGCCCGGCACCAAGAAUGUGACGCUGCUGCGCGCACUCGACAGAGAGGAGAAGAGCGGCCCUUCCAACGUGUAUGUGAAUGUGAGGUGCGACAGGCGGAGGACCACUGAUCCCAGCUUCAUAAUCCCGGUGUCGGUCCGCGUGUGGGACGUGAACGACAACGCGCCCGCGUGGCUGGGCGCGCCGUACCGCGUGCGGCUCAGCGAGCUGACGGCCGUGGGCUCGCGCGUGCUGCCCGGCAUCCGAGCUGUUGAUAAAGACCAGCCCGGACCGCACGCUACCAUACACUACUCCGUGUUGCCGGGACCUAACAGUGAAUACUUCGGGUUCGCAAACGAGCUAGACAGCGUAUUAGUAGUAAAGAAACCUCUAGACUACGAAACACUCAACAACUUCACAUUAACCCUUCGCGCGCAAGACCAGGGCACGCCGCCGCUGCACAACGACACGGAGUUGCGCGUCGAGGUGCUGGAUGCGGAUGACCAGAACCCAAGGUUCUCGCACGACCACUACACUGCUACUAUACCUGAUGACGCUGAAGAAGGCACUAUCCUGGAGACGUCCCCGGGCCCGAUCGUGGCGCAGGAUCAAGACAUCGGCAUCAACGCACCGCUGUACUACGCGGUGACGGGCGAGCGGCGGGAGCUGGUGCAAGUGGACCGGGACACUGGCCGCGUGGCCGUUACCCGGAGGCUGCUGGAAGCUGUAGAACUGCCCGUCACUGUCGUCAUCAAGGCGACGCAGGUGGACAACCCGGACCGCUACGCGCUGGCGACGCUGUGGGUGGGCCGCAAGUCGGCGGCGCUGGCUCGGCCGGUGCGCUUCUCGCGGCGCGCCUACCAGCUGGCGCCGGCCGAGGACGCGGCGCCCGGCAGCGUGCUGGCCGUGCUGCACACCGAGCCCGGCGCCAACCCGCUGCAGUUCUACGUGUCAGACCGCAGUUUCCUGGAAAAGUUCGCGAUCAACAGCGCCGGCGAGGUGGUGCUGCGCAAGCCGCUCGACUAUGAGACCAAGGACUUCUACAGCUAUCAAGUCAUGGUCACUGAUGGGGUCACUAACGACACGGCAUCCCUGAACAUCUCAGUGGUGAACGUGAACGAGUGGGAGCCGCGGUUCCGCUACCCGCAGUACGAGUUCCGGCUGGACGACGCCGGGGGCGGGGGCGGCGGCGGGGGGCUGCUGCGCGUGGGCCGCCUGGACGUGCACGACGGGGACACGCCCGACACCGUCACGCUCACGCUGCGGGGCGCGCACGCAGACAUGUUCUACAUCAACUCCAGCGGCGAGAUGUUCCUGCGCGCGGAGGCGCUGCCGGCGCUGAACACGUCCGUGCUGCACGUCGUGGCCACCGCGCAAGACUCCGGGGCGCCGCCGCGACAGACGUCGGUGCCGGUGCUGGUGCACGUGGGCGAGGCGCUGCGCGCGCGGCCGGCGGCCCGCGGCGGCGUGCUGCUGGGGUUCGCGGGCGCGCUGGCGCUGCUGGCGGCGGUGGUGGCCGCGCUGCUGGCCUACAUAUACACCAGCCGGCGCCGCUCCAAGGCGGUGCAGUCCCCCCCGGGCAAGCCCCCCGCGCCGCCCCCGCCGCGCUCCCCCCCCGCCGGCCCGCUGGCCAGCUCGGGCUCGCUGCUGAGCGUCAGCGCGGGCGCCAGCACCAUACUCGCCAACUCCUCCAGCAGCCUCGACCUGCGGGGAGACACGCUGCCUUCUAACGGAAACGGCGCUACAGUAGGGCGGCAAUCAGCGCGGUUUCCAAGCAGUAAAAGCAAAGUAGCACCCGCGCCGCCCACGCUGGGGCUGCCCUCCGUGGACGGGGAGGCUCCCCCCAGUGGCCCCGGCAGCGGCGGGGGCCCUGGCGGGGGCCCCGGCGGGGUGUCCCUCAUGUCGGACCACCUGCGCGCCGGCGGCGCGGGCCGCUCCGGCGUGGCCUGGCCCACACACACCAUACCCGCGAGGGUCAAGAAGCUCAGCUGGGACGACGCCACCGCCGACGAACACCACAAGGGCAGCGCGCCGCUGGCCGCCAGCAACCCCGCGCUGCACGACCACAUGAACCUCACCGUCUACUUCUGACCGCGCCCCGCGCCCGCGCCCGCCCCGCCCUCACCAACCCCCUGCACCCCGCCUACGCGCCCCAAGCCAUCAACCACCACGUCCGCCUCCACCCGGCACAACACGCAGUUCAUUUCCAACGAAUGACCCCCGACAUACGACCUCUCACCACGUCUAGUCCUAUCGUAAUGACAAAUUAUGCGUUGCCAAAUCCGACGAAUGCUAAUUAUCCUAAUACGUAUUAUCAACACAAUAACAGCACGGAUCCAAACGUUGAAAUAAACCGUCCCUUUCAACCGGACAACUUCCCCUUAACUCUAGUUCAUCCGUUGCCGCACACUCUAAGCCAAAACUACCCUAUGCACCAUCCUCCCGUAGGUAACUCCCCCCUGUCCUUACCGUGUUCCCCUCAACACACCCCCCACCCGUCCGCCCCCCGCCUGUCCCAAGUGGACCCGGUCGCGGCGCUGUUGACCCGCACGAGGGCCGGCAAGGGUCCCCCGCCGGAGUACGCCACCAUCGACCCGCGGAAGCUGCGGCUGCGACACCUGCGGCCCAUCUUCACGCAGAAGCCCCACACUGACGGAACCAAGAGUCCCAGCUCAAGGAAGGAUCAUAAUAAAUUAUCAGGGACGGGAUGGAGGAAAAAGCGUUAAAUGGUAAGAAAACGUUUCUGAAACUAGGAUUGGAUUUGUUACGUCCCAGGGCGUGUUUCACAACGACUCGAGUGUUACUCAUUGAUUAACAGUUUGACGUUCCCGCGCCCGCGGCCUCUUCCGCUUCCACUACUAAUAAUUGUAUGUGUGUGGGCGGCAAAGCUGGCUGCGGGUACUUCACUUAGCUUACCAUUUACCUACCAAAUACAUCGUUAGUAGAUACAUUGUCAUAAAAAUAUAAUAUUAUCAAUCUUUCAUUCAAUAUGUGAGGUCCUUGUAGGUACCCAUAUACUUACCUACUUAAAAUACGUACGUAUAUAUUUA